AUGUUGCUCUCGUUCCUGCUGUUAAUGCUGCUCUGCAGCUCCCAGGCCUCUCACUUUUAUGGAACGGUGAUGACUUACUACCCAAAAUCCAUACACGCUAAUGGAUCUGUGGAGGUAUGUGAAGUUUUGUUAAACUUGUUUACUUCGAAGAACUUCUGCGAAUGUGGUGUAUUUUUGUCAUGUUAUGUGAAGUAAAAAGUUCUGAGAAUAAUGGCAGAAAAACUGGAUUUUUUAAGUACGUGAAGGAUUUACUAUGUUUACCUCUGAGUUACGUGAUAACUACCCAGUAUUCCCAAAGAGCGGUAUCAUAUUUUUACGCUUUUUUAUGACUUCUUAAUUUCUUCAAGCACCAGCUUCACAGAAGUUGGCAUCCUGAUAAAUUCGUAUUUCUUUUGCAUCGAUACUGGAGUUUUUGUAAAUCAUUUAGACUCAUUUCCUCAGACUCAUUUCGGUUCCUGGUCUAUUAAACGCUCUCAUCUGGCAGAUUUUUAGCCAAUCCACUCUGGAAGAAAACACUCAGAAUUUGAUUAAUUUUGAAGAAGGUUUCCAAGCUUAAACAGAGAAUUGAUUUAAACAAUUUGUUUUGAACAAGUGGUUUUUGUGCGGAUUUCUUACUCUUUUGCACAGAUUCAACAAAAUUUAUUGAAUUCUUUUCGAAAGAGAACCUGAAUGCCGACAGGUUUGAUGAAAGCAGAUGCAUUGCAUUUAUGUUUUGGAUAAAGGCAAAGGAAUCCAUGAUUGAGAAAAAAGUUGGAAUUCAACUGCUGGUUGUGGUUUUUGGAAAAUAAUCAUUGACACUACAAUGUUUUUGUUUCGGUCACUUACAGCAUAGGCUAAUUUUGCCACUUGAGUUUACGUAAUAAUAAUAAUACAUCAGAUUUCAUAUAGCUCUUUAUCAGAGACCCUCAAAGCGCUUUACAUUGGAUACAUCAUUCAUUCGCUCACACAGUCACACUUUGGUGGUGGUAAACUAACUUAGUAGUCACAGCUGCCCUGGGGCAAACUGACGGAAACGUGGCUGCCAGUUUGCGCCUACAGCCUCUCCGACCACCACCACACAACACUCACAAUCAUACACGAGUGGAGGACACACACUGGGAGCAAGGUGGGUUAAGUGUCUUGCCCAAGGACACAACCGACAGACUUGGGAUAGGGGGGAAUCGAACCACCAACCUUCCAGUUAUUGAACGGCCGCCCUAAGAUAGUUUUUUUUUCUGGUCGUAAUCCUGGAGAGAAGUAUUUAAUCGUCCUUUUUACCGCAGGUGCUUCUUCGCUACAAGUUGAAUUUCGUCUCCUGCAGUGACAAGGAUGAGUGGAAAUGUGGCAGCAAGGACUGUGGGAUCCAGACUGGGAGUGUGGAGCUUCAUGUGGUGGAGGAGAGCAAUGGCGAGUGGUGUCAGAGGGAGGGCUUCAUGACCCGACAGGUUUCCACCAGCGCUCCUUUUCAGAUGCUGUGAGUGACCGUAAAACGACACCUUUUUUGUCGUAACUUGAGCUAGAAGAACUCAAAACUGUACAAACUCUUGUUGAUUUUGCUUAAACUCUCUCCCCUCUCUCGACCCAGCUCAGUCUCGAAAGAUGACUGUCUAACAUGAAUCUGGUUCUGCUCAAGGUUUCUGUCUAAACAGGUUUCUUUGUUAGGUAUCUUGGGAUAACAUUGGGAAUAGGUGCUAUAUUGACAAAGAUUGAUUGAUUGAUUGAUGAGAAUAGAGUCGUAAUGUUACGAGAUUUAAGUUGUUCAUCAAGUUAAUGAUUAAUUCUGUUCUGAAGUGGAUACCACAAAUUCUUGUAACAAUAUAACAUGAAACUUGUCUGAUAACUUUCCUCCAAAUUCUUCAUCUUUACAGUGUCUCUAAUACUUUGCUGUACCUUCUACAAGGAUUUUAUGUCCAGCAAAGUAAAAACACACCUUUAGUACCUCCUGAUUCUUUCGGGUGUGUUAACAGUCAUCUUUUUCCUGAACUUCCUCCACAGGUUAAAUGGAGGUAACUGGAUUAGUGGAAUUGUGAAUAAAAUCGUUCUUUGGAGAGCCGUGACUGUGGUGGAGCUUGGGAUCCGAUCGGACACCGGACAGGCCAACAGGUCGCCCCAGACCACCAUCCUGCCAGCUUUGAGGUAAGAAAACACACGGGCUGGUUUCCAUUCACAGGAUUUUAAUCACAUUCAGACGCCACAUGCUGGAAUCAGAUGACCAUCAGCACUCACCGUUAAAGCAGAGGAAGUCCCCGAACCAAAUAGCCAACCGAGGUCAAAAUCAUAUCCUGUACACCACAUUUAUCCAACAAGUGUCAGUCCAGGAUUGAUUGACUGAACUUUACAAGGUUAAGCUUCUCAUCUCUGACACCGGCCAUGAGUUUUCUGGUGAAAACAAUGAGGAAGAAAUUAAUCAGAUCACAUAAAGAAUCCAAGUUGAAGAAACAGUCAGUAGAUCAUUAUCUGGUGUGCCUUUAUCUCAGCUCAGCAACACAGAUCAAAUAUUUUCAGGUGGCUGACUCAUGGUUUACCUGAGGAAAAAAAAAAAACAGACUGUUUCUUCCUCUUACUCAGAGUUCCUACGAACUGUCAGAGAGAUUUCAACCUGUUGGCAUUCGACCCUGAUGGAGACGAGGUGAAAUGCAGAUUUGCCAAUGAAACACAAAGCGAGUGCGGACACUGUACUCUACCAUCAGUUCUCAACCUCUCUUCAGUGAGUUCCACAGUCCACAAUAACUUUCAUUUGUGUCUUUUAAGAACCCGAGCACAUGGAAACUUUAGAUAAAGUCUUUACGUUCAGGUAAUGGCUGAAUUUUCUUUGUUUUGCAGUCCUGCACUUUGUCGUUCAGUCCCACAAACAAAGAGAAAGGUCCAUAUGCCGUCCAGCUGGUGAUGGAGGACUUUCCGAGACAGAGUAUUACCCUGACUCAAACUAAUGGCUCUCAAGAGGUGAAAUUUACCAACGACCCCAUCAGUAAAAUACCCCUUCAGUUUGUCAUAAGAGGUGAGCAUUUUUGUUCCGGGGCAGCCAAUGCCACCAGCUUGGUGGUCUUUAGUCGUAGUUCCCUAACCCAUUCAAUACUCAUUUUUUGGUCAUUUAACAACCUGAUAAAUUCCACAUUGUGAAGACACAAGCUGACAUUUGAUGCUAGUUUUAACAGGGGCUACAAUCACAUUUUUGAAGGGAAGUAUCAGGGUUUAGUGGGGUGGAAACACUGGCCAAGUCCUAUUAAAGUUGCCAUAUUAAAUUUUCUCCUGACCUUCAACUGGCGCUAAAAUUCUCAUGAAUCAUCGCCGUCAUCGUUUUCUUCCGCUUCAUCCAAGUCUGGGUUGCGGGGGCAGCAGCUUCAGGAGGGAAGCCCAGACGGCCCUCACCCCGGCCACUUCCACCAGCUCCUCCGGGGGGAUUCCCAGGCGCUCCCAGGCCAGGCGAGAGAUAUAAUACAUCUAUCUGGUCCUGGGCUGGCCAUGAGGUCUCCUCCUGGUGGGACAUGUCUGGAACACCUCUAACGGGAGGCGUCCAGAAGGCAUCCUAACCAGAUGCCCGAGCCACCUCAGCUGACUCCUCUCGACGUGGAGGAGCAGCAGUUCUACUCUGAGCAUCUCCCGAGUGUCCGAGCUCCUUAACCUAUCUCUAAGGCUGAGCCCGGACACCCUGUUAAGGAAACCCAUUUCGGCCGCUUGUAUCAUUGCAAAUCUUUGAAUACGUGGAUACGCAGAUGUUUCAGUCCUUCAAAAAGUGUUGUACCACCUAACACAAACACGAACAGUCAAAGGAUAUUCCGCAGAUUUUCCAGUGAAGUUAUUUGAGUUACAUCAUACAAGCCAGGCCACAGUUUUCUGCAGACAAGGCUAGGGCUACCAUGGGAUUUAGCUGAACAACGUCCAUUGUGGUUAGCGCCCUUACCAGUGCUGGGUAACAUGUUGUGUUUUCAUCAUUACAGUGGAAGAUUCAGUGCAAUCCUGCACUGAGGGCUUCUAUCUGCCAAAGUUUCUGCCUCCGACCCCAGAAAACAGGGCGCAACUGUACGCCUCCAUAAAUGAGACCCUGGAAAUCAACAUCAGCGCAGAAGCAAACAGUUCCAAGUAAGUAAAAAAGGACAGACUGAUAACAGAACUUUUUCUUGUGAGAUAAGAGAUGCUUAUCCUGGUUUGGUUUGCAGUUGCACAAGGAAUGUUGUUUUCUGCAAUUUUAACACUGAUGUGAAUCUUGUUUGACACGAGUGGAAAACUAUUCCAGAAGUUUCUGCAAAAAUCUUGAAAGUGGCAAGUUUUCAAGACCAUAUCUAGUUUGACGGUCUUAGCACAACAACAGCUAAGAAAACAUCAACCGUUCCAUUUGACUCAUUCCAGCCAGUGAAAACCAACCACCAUGAAGCAAACAUCGUAAAAACAAUGUCAUGGAUGGAGAGUUCUGAAAAGCACAUCUGACUCGUGGAGCCUGUUGUUUUUCGGUUUUGUUGAAGGAUGUCAGAGCUUCUGUUCAGCGGGCCAUACAACGUAAUCAGUAACAUGGCCGCAGAGGGACAGUUCACCCUGAGAUGGACGCCAUCAGAGAGCGAGAACGGAGAAAGCCACCCGAUCUGCUUCAUCGUCCAAGCAGAGUCCAAGUAAGUCACAACAAAAAUGGAACUGAUGAUGACUAAUAUUGAAGACAUCAAACUAUGAAUUGUUUUCCACUCGCCGAUGCAUACAUCCAGAUAUUUCCACUUUGAAAUAAAUAAGGUCCAAGUGAUCCCUCUGAUGGCAAAACUUUUAUUAUGUUCAGCAUUAUUGUCAAUCAAUAUGCACAUUAGUAUAAAUUUGAAAAUAAGUUUGGGGUCUUUCAACGGAUUCUGUAAAGGUCUGUUGGUAAUGUUCGGCAUCCUUGGAGUGACAAAAAAUUCUUGGGUGUAGUUUAUUUUUCAUGGAUGUACAGAAAAACAACAGUAUUGAUUGUGUUUCCUGCAAAAAAGUAUAAUUAUCUCCUGAUUAUGAAGGUUAAUGUAAGUUUGGAACACAACCUGUAAAAUGGUUUUGUAAUUUGUCCCCACACUGAUGUAUUUCCAGUAUUUCCAGUUCGGUCAAAUAUCACUCAGAGCUGCGGUGUGUCAUCGUCAGCGUCGGAAACUGUGAGUAAAAACCUUCAUUGUCUAUUUUUAAAUGAUUUCAGUUUUGUGAGAUUUAUAAGGCUAGCUUGUGAUCUCUGAAUUUCUUCACUUCUGUUCAUAGACUUGACAAUCAAAACAUCAACCCAAAGUGCUACGACAAGUACACCGCCAUCAACAACAACCUUUACAACUGCAUCCCAAAUAUCAAGUACAAAUCAAAGUACAACUUCAGAAACUUCAACAGCCACAAAGCCAACAACAAUCGCUGUGCAGAGUACAACUUCUACAAAUACUGAAACAACUGUUACGUCAACAAAUUCAGCACCAACUGGAGCAGGUUCUUCUCCAGUGACAACGACCAACACUCAACCUACUACAACACAAAAUACAACUUCACUGGCGAGUUCUACCACCGUAACACCAACAACCAUGCAGAGUACAACUUCAACAAGUAGUUCUACUACAAUAACAACACCCAACCAAACUACAGCUAGUCCUACGCAAGUGACAACAACCAACACUCAACCUACAACAAUACACAACACAACAUCAUUGGACCACAAUGCCAACACAACACUAACAACCAUGCAGAGUACAACUUCAACAAAUACUUCUAACACCAUAGCAACCACCAACCGAACUAUAGUUAGUCCUACUCCAGUGACAACAACCGACUCUCAAGCCACAACAACACAAAAUAUAACUUCACAGCCAAAUUCCAGCACAGCACAAACAACCAUCCAAGAUUCGACUUUGACAAAUACUUCUACCACCAUAAGUACAAUAGGAAGUACAACUCCUGCCACUUCAACAAUUACCAACCAAACCACAAUCAAUCCUACUACAUCUACAACAACCAACACUCAACCUACAACAACACAAAAUACAACUUCACAGCCAAAUUACAACAAAACACAAACAACCAUCCAAGGUUCGACUUCGACAAAUACUUCUACCACCAUAAGUACAACAGGACGUACAACUCCUGCUACUUCAACAAUUACAAACCAAACCACAUCCAAUCCUACUAUAUCUACAACAACCAACACUCAACCUACAACUACACAAAAUACAACUUCACAGCCAAAUUCCACCACAUCACAAACAACAAUGCAGAGUACAACUUCGAUAAAUACUUCUACCACAUCAGUAACCACCAACCGAACUACAGCUAGUCCUACUCCAGUGACAACAACCAACACUCAACCUACAACAACACAAAAUACAACUUCACAGCCAAAUUACAACACAACACAAACAACCAUCCAAGGUACAACUUGGACAAAUACCUCUACCACCAUAAGUACAAUAGGAAGUACAACUCCUGCCACUUCAACAAUUACCAACCAAACCACAACCAAUCCUACUUCAUCUACAACAAUACAAAAUACAACGUCACUAAGAUAUAAUUCCACCACAACACAAACAACCAUCCAAGGUACAACUUUGACAAAUACUUCUACCACCAUAAGUACAAUAGGAAGUACAACUCCUGCCACUUCAACAAUUACCAACCAAACCACAACCAAUCCUACUACAGCGACAACAAUACAAAAUACAACAUCACUACAACAAUAUUCUACCACACCACCAACAACCAUCCAAGGUACAACUUCGGCAAAUACUCCUACCACCAUAAGUACAACAGAAAGUACAACUCCUGCCACUUCAACAUUUACCAACCAAACCACAACCAAUCCUACUACAGCGACAACAAUACAAAAUACAACAUCACUACAACAAUAUUCUACCACACCACCAACAACCAUCCAAGGUACAACUUCGGCAAAUACUCCUACCACCAUAAGUACAACAGAAAGUACAACUCCUUCCACUUCAACAAUUGUUCACCAAACAACAACCAAUCCUACUACAGCAACUACAACCAACACUCAGCCUACAACAACACAAAAUACAACUCCACAGCCAAAUUCCACCACAACACAAACAACUAUCCAAGGUACAACUUCGACAUAUACUUCUACCACCAUAGGUACAACACAAAGUAUAACCACUAUUCCUUCUACAACCACUAAAACAACUACAGCCAGUACAUCAUCAAGUAUUACCACUCCUUUGUUAACAACCACCAAUCAAACUCCAACCAGCACUCUACCAACUCCAACCAAACCCACUCCGACCAACAAUCUAUCCACAACAACACAACAAAAAGCAACAUCAACAUUCAAUUUGGUGACAACCACAUCAGCUUCAACCACUUCCACAACUCCAAGAGUAACACUAACCACAACUGCCGCUCCUUCACCAACUUCAACCCCAACCACAACCCGAACUACACCAACUACAACAACCAAGUCAGCCGCAGGCACAGGAGGAACAACAACCUUUCAAACACCAACGACCCAAGACUCAAACCAAAGUAAGUCAGAUCAUUGCUGAAGUUUCUUUUAUUAAACUACUCCUUGUUUAACCGAUGAGGAACUUACUUUAAAGAGUAAAUCAAAUAUUUUCCCUGAAUUCAAAUUAGAUUCGGCGCCUCAACAUUUAAAGUUGGUAUUUCCCAUUUGUACAAUGUAAUGAUGUCAAGCCUUCUGAACGAAUUUAACAACUAUACCUCUUUAGUUUCUUCACAGUCUUUUGCGGCAUUGUAAUAUGAGUUGCUUUGCUUUUAGUUGUUGCCGGCCUGAGAAUAAGACUUUCAACUACAACUCCACUGAGUGAAGAAGACAUCAGGACAACAGUGCUGCAACAGGUCGGUCUUUUUUAUACAUGAUGUGGUAAAACAGGCAAGAAAACAUUGUUCAUUUAUUUUGCAGUUAAGAGACUCUGCAUAAAAAUGAUAUAUCCCAGAACUUCACACCUCCCUGCCAAAGGAAGAUUGUGUUGUCUUACCUUGAGAUAAGUUUGUUAGAACUGACAUUUCUUUUUAAACGAUGAUGACACAAGAAGCUCCAGAACAAUGGAAACGAUAUCAAAAUUUAUGAGCAUCAUAUACACCAGCCAACAAUCUGCCAACAAACACCUGUGGUUGCUCUUCGUUUUCAACAAAAUUCCUCUGAAGAACUGGAGGAACAGCUGCCAGAUAUUACAUCAAGUCUCGCUGUGACUCUAAUCGUCACAGCCCAACCCAACUUUGUGUUACGCAGUGGUAAAUAUGAUACAUCCAGUGGAACAGUUUGACACGAGGAAGCGCGUUUAAAAGAAAUAUGAGGAAUAAAUUGUAAUGCUUUUUCUCAUUUGGAAAGCAGCCAGCAAAAACAAACCAAAGCCGUCAAAUGAGACAGCUUAACAUUUCAUCCAUGGCAGAAUGCAGUCCUGCAAGGUGGUUAUGUAAAAAUGAAAUUUUAAUGAUUUUUCGUCAGUCAUUCCAUUCGGCACUUCACAUGAAACCUUGAACAGAAAUAUUAAAACGUCUGAUUCUUCUUCAUCACUAGAUUCAAGCUGAGCUGGUGAGACUGGGGCUGCCGUCAGUCAUCUCUCUACGCUUUCUGAGCAUUCAGAGCCUGGGACCUGCUACCACAGCACCCCCUGAUGCAUAA